AUGGUCAGGUGGCUUCCCGCGGGAUGGGUCUUCGCUUUUUUGGCUCUUGGCACAUUGACAGAAGCAUCGCACUUUCGACACGGCAGUAUAAUGUGGGUUCCAGACGAUUCUAACAGCAACACGGUAUAGAGCUUAGUAAUUCUUUAAAAACAGUUUUAAACUUACUCUACGGCAGAAAGUGAUCUAGUAUUUCAAGUACUAAAUUUAAGUUGAUUCGAACCCAGCAUAUACAAGAUGGUACCUGUUCGCAUAUUUACCUACCACUGAAGGUGUUCACUAAUACCAACUUCUACUAAUAUAGGGAGGUAAAUAGACCUAAAUAGGUUAAUGAGUCGGAAAAUUUAGCUUUUAAAAACUUAUCAAUUAAUUUUGAAAAUUUUGAUCAGAUGCGCAAUUUGGCCCGAUAUCUUGAUUCUCUCUGCUUUUGGAUGGUAUGUUCGUGUUUUGUUGACGAACUUUUUCAGUUUUAGACAUUUCACUAUCAGCUUUCAACGGCCCAGAAGUUCAGUUUUUAUUGCAAGAGUGGUAAUUUCUCGAACGCCUCUACCCACUCACAUACACGGAAAUUUAGCUGUGUCGCUUUUCUAAAAACAUUCAAUUGCAGGUGAUGCUGCACGUUUCUUGGAGAUCGAUUAAUAGUUUCAGCAAUAGCGCCACAUUUAAAGUCAUAUAUCAUUUGACUUACUCUUAGCAUACACCCCUUUAAGUAUAAAGGAAUAUCUCAGCAAUAGUUCAAUUCAAUGUUCAAUUCAGGUUUGAAAGGGACGGUGGAACAAAUGAGUCAUGCAUAAUUUCCGUAAUACACAUGAGAUGAUCUGUAAUUUAAGAGAGGAUACUACUGAAAAAAAAUUAGUGUAGAAACAGCUCAUUAGUUCGGAAAUUUCCCGAAUAUUAACUAUUCCAAUUCAACACGUAGUCGUGUUGUGCCGAGACAACAUUUUCAAACAAAGUCUUUUUUCGUAGAUCUAAAGGGUAUGUAAACCCAAAAAAUGUACUUUUUUUUGACAUAGCUGUUUAGUAAAUGUAUCAAAUAUACGAAAAGCACCAUUCGUUUUUUCUCAAAAGUCUAUUUCCAGUUUGUAAAGGUGGAAAUAGACUGUAGUGUAUAAAGUGUAGUGGUCAACAGAGUAGAUACAAAAUUGAUUUACACGGAAACCUUACGAAAAUUAAAUAACUAUAGCUUUGUCGGUUCUUUUAAAACACCUUUCUCAUCUAUUGAAAGAUUAUGGCGAAGCCAAUUGUUCGGGAGCCAGCGCUGAUCCCGUAAAACAUGAUAAAGACACUGACCUGUCUGAACCUUUGCAUGAGUUCGAAACACGCAUUAAAGAUAGAGAAUUCGUUGAUGUCGGUAUUUAAUUUGGUGUGGAAUUUUGUUGGUUCGAUAGAAAGAAUUCUAUAAAUGAUCCUAUAAUCAACUCUUAUGUUCUAUGAGGGAGUCCAUGCCAACCCCACUUGCUGCUUCCUUUGAGAAACCCUGCAGAGAAACAGCAGUUGAAGAGUUGUGUCUCGAUUCUCACAGCAGUGAAAGUACAUUCAAAAAUCAAAAGGACAAAAUUUUUUUUUUAUUUGAAUAUAGAUCAAAAGAUUCCGAUUUAAGCCUGCAGAUUUUUUUCGGUAAUUCCAAUCGAAGCAAGUGCAAACGGGGUUCGAUAAUUAUGCAGGCCACACAAAGAAAUGUACACGUUACAACUUGCUCAGCAAUGAAAAUGCUUCGAAGAUGAAGGAAAGCAAUACAUAAAUAUCUCCUAACAAACAGGCGCAACCCCUAUUGCUGUAAGACAUAAAUAAAUAUGAUCUGCAUUAACAUGUACCUUUAUUUCUCUCAAAGACUAGGCGGUUUUAAUCCAGUGUAAGACAUUACAAAAUCCGCUGGAAAAGUGUUUCCGAUUUCGUUUACCGCACAAGAUUGGCAGAGCGACCCUGACAUGUUUGCCGAGAUAAUCCCGGCGCCAACGAACAAGCUGUGUGUAGACAAUGUUUUUCUCUUCUUCCCUGGCAGGAACACUCAUCUGGGUUUCAGGCCUUUGUUCCUCUCCUUUUGCCACAAUUGCACGAUUUCCGUACAACAAAUACUAUCAUGUGUAUUCAGCAUUGGUUGAAAGUUCCACACUCGCACCUUUGAUAAUUGUAUAUAAACACCCUCGGAAGCUCAGGUUAAAAAAUUUCUAUUACAUCCUUUUAGAUUGUUUCCUUGCCUUAUUGGAUAUUCAUGUCAAAUACAAAUAAAUCAUACAGUGAAUUAAAUACCAGUCUGAGUUUCCUAGACGAUCAGCACUGCCGUCAACCGGUUCCAUGCUGUCUUCUUGCGGAUGGUUUCGGUGAACCCCACGCGGCUCAUAUUUUAAGGACGUGGCCUAGACUCUCCUAAAGAUUCUGAGUUAUACCCAUCGUUGUCAUAUACAUUAAGGUAUUCAAGUCACUUUCUUCUGAAAAAACAUCGUCCGAACUACUGUUUCUCGCACGAGCUGCCGCCAUACCAAUCAGUUCUACUGCGGAAUACGUAUUUCGCAAUAUUUUAGUUCCACCGCUUACGUAACGACCUCUCGCUACUGUCUUUACCUGAAGCGGAAUUUCAGUAAAAAAUGCCUACUUUCUUCCUGAAAUAAGUCGAAUUGGACCAAAAAAAAAAUCACAAAUUCGUUUUCUAUGCCGCUUUUUACAUAGUAAAGGUAAAACAUGUAUUUUUGGGUAUCCAUGCCCUUUAAGAAAAUGAAAAUUUGCGAGUGAAAUAAUGGCCGGCGGUUUUCUUUCGUCACCGCAGCUGAAAAACAGCUCAAACAACGAAAACACUGUAAAAAUCACUGCUUUUUGGUUGUCGGUUUGGAAAAAGUGGUGUUUAGAGAAGGGAAUUGUCAAGGAAAUUACGAGCCGACCCGGCUUAACACUUUGCUCGAGCUAUCCAACGCCGAAAUUAAAAACAAACAUGGUUAAACCUCGGAAACGACGAUUCCAUUUCAUCUACCCUGUGUAUCAGCGGGCAAACUUGAUGUAAUCUGCCUUUCUAUUCUCAGGUACACUUUUCAUUUCGUAUCGGUUGGAGACGAUCAAGCAGUCAUAGUCUUAAGUGUGACCAAAACAUGAUUAGCAGCCACCAACUUAUUAAUUACGGAGGCUUAUGGGAAGCAAGAUGUGACAAUUCGUCUAAUUCACUGUGUGGGUCUCCGCUUGCCAUUUCAAACAUCAACUUCUACUGCACUGAUUAUAGUGUGUCGGAAGAUUGGACAGUGGGCGAAAAUAACUUCACUUACACUUUCAAUGACAGCGAAAAGCAGUGGCACGUGAGGUAUGUUUUCUUACAUCUUCAGAACUGAGCAAAAGGAAACUUCUGUUAAGCUUCUUGCUGUCGUAUUUUCUCAUCACACUGUGCUCAUUCGCCGUCUGAGAUGCAUGUGAGAGAAGCAUGUGCUUUGAGGACUCGAUCUGAAGACACCCUUAGAGGCCAGAUCAUGUUCUCGAUAUAGGACUUCAAUUUGUCAAUUUAGUUUGUCAGAUGACAAGUUUUUGGAACAGCGAGGUCCACAACUGAAAAAAUCCUUGCAAUUUUUAGCCAACGUUCUCAUAGUGGGUUUAAGUGACAAUACAACGGGGACCAAAAAAAAAAGGACAAUGAUCAUUACAGUGAAAAUGAAAACUGAUCAUUAAAUGACAUCAGAAAAGUGAAUAUUUCAUCAAGCAAUUAAGCUGUCAGAUUGUUUUUAGGUCACGGGAAGAAUGUUAGCGCUGUACCAAACUUUUUGACCCCUUUAGAAUGUCAUAACAUCUUACAAACCGUUACUGGACAAAAUACGAGAAGUGUGUAUUUCACAGGGUUCGUACAAAGUCUUGAAUUCUUGAAAAAGUCUGAAAAUUUGCGAACUACUUUUCCAGACCUGGAAAAAGUAUGGAAAUUAAAGGCAAAGUCUUGAAAAAUGGGAUUAAGUCUGGAAUUUCUCUCAAGGAGCAGCAGGUGUUUAAAAGCUAGCUGAAAUCUUUGCAAUGUAGCUGAUUUCACUUGAAUUAACUUGGCAAACGGCAAAACACUUCAUAAUAAGAGGCGGUACGGUCGGAGAAUGAGAGUCCGAGAGCCCAGUCUCCAAUGCCCUGCAUUGUAUUAUGGUUCAUUGUGUUCGCAAUGCAUCAUGGUUUAUUUGUUUCCUGCGUUAGUUGAGCGAAGGAGGCAAUGUUUGUUCGCGUUCAUGCACUAACAGUUGUUCUUCUCUGGCUGUUCUUUCGCUUCAUGAUGAUGGGGAAGUGUGUCUUUCACGGAAAGUGGAAAGCAGAUGAAAAAUUUAAGGCCUGGAUUGCAUUGAAAUUUUCAGAGGUUGCAGUGAAAUGAAAAGUUUCAUUAGUAACCGGGAAAAUCUCGUUGGAUUACUCAAAUACGCACUCCUUUCCCUUGUUUGGUUGUUUGUUUUUUUCUUAUUUUUAUUUCUGUUUUUUUUUUUCUGUUUCGCGUUCUGAUGUAGUGCUCUCUAUUAUUUGCUCGGCAUGAUUUCGAACUUAUCAAUGUUGAACACCAGUUUCAAGAUGAUUGCAGAUGAUUGCAGCAAAAAUCACGACAACUCCAGGGCUUAUUUUUUACAUAUGAGGUUCGGUUAACAUAAGAAAAAGUCAUAAAAACAGGAGGAAGUUCACUACAACUUUUUCUAUUUUCCCUUUUACUUCAAGUUUUUCAGGUUGCUGUUGGAUUUCUCUCAGUCAUUACGCCGGUUCCACAGAUUGGAAAGUAGAAACUGCAAUAAACCUCGCUCCACGAUCGGAUAACGGAAAAAUUAACUCAUCUCCUGUAACUCGAAGUCCAGCCAUUGUUCGAUUUCCAGGAGGUUGUCGUCAGUCAUUUCGAAUUCCAGUUGAAGACCCAGAUGGCGAUAUAGUGAAAUGUCGCUCUGCGACUCAUUCGGAGUCCGUCAUAGUCAAUGCAAGUUUUCCUUACGGUGAAUUGGAUGAGGUAAUUAAAAGCAGGAGUGACCGCUAAUUAAAAUACUCUCAGAAUGUAGUACAUUGCGUAAAAAUUUUGGUUUGACGUCUAGACGUUCCGAAAAAAAAUGUAUGGUGCCAAUUUUCCAAAAAAGAAGCGUUGAGUUUCCUAAGGAAAUCACCACUGCAGAAAAUCAUGAAACAUUAAUCUACUUUUUAUCAUGUUUGAUGUCAUGUACUUUUGCAAGUAAUAGAUAAACAUAGCGAUGUAUUUUUAUAUUCUAUAAUUGCUUGUCGACACGGUCUUUGAACAAAGUAUGUCAGGAGCUUAAGUGCGUGCAAUGCUCCGGGAAUACGUCUCCUUAAGAAAAGGAAUAUGUGCAUCAUUCAGCGAACUCAAAAGGAUAGUAUCAGGUGUUAUCCAUUUCCCUUGCAGAAAGCUUGCGUUCUAACAUACAAUGGGUCGCAAGCAGCAGUUGGCGGAAUGUUUGUAGUCGCAUUAACCUUAGAAGACUUUCCAUCGGGGACUACAAACUUCGGUAGCGUUACACCGUUCAGCAGUAUCCCAUUACAGUUUCUGGCCAUGGUGAUUAGUAACCAUACUGGCCAUUGUGACGAAAAGCCCGUCUUUACAGCAUCCACCCCAAAAGAUGGCGAAUGUUCCGAUGUCCCUAUUGCCUCUGCAUAUGGAGCAGUGAUCGAAGUACAGGUUGCAGACUUCUCAAAAUCGUAUGUAAACUAAACAACUUGCCCUUGAUUAUUUUCUUCUUUCGAUAUUUUUCCACUAAAGAGACGCAAAUCCCCAUCUUUUAAGAUCCUCAUAAACAUAUAGAUAACAAUCUCCCAUAAAUAAUGACCACCGUUGAAGUGUGUUUUUAUAAGCUACUAUAUAAAUUCUUGGUAUACUAUUCCAUUCAGGUCGUUAAAAUGAUAAAGAAUUUCUAUGAGAACGGAAAACAAGAAUCAAUUAACGCUUCCACGGUUUUCCGCAAACCGUCAUCUACUCUAGUGAAAUUGGUAACGCAACAAGUUAUAAUUUCUAGUAUGGAACCUGAAAAUUUCUUGGCAUUUAACGUCAUUAUCAUCUAUGAUAACUAUAACGUUAUUCUAUUCAAUCAUCUCAGCAUUGUGGAAAUAAGCACUGCAUCUCCAAGUGGAAUGCAACUUACAUCUUUGCGCAAUCAUGGACAAAUCUACUACCGAAAUGUCACAUGGUACCCCAGUCAAAAUCAAAUUGGACAGCAGUUGUUCUGUUUUAAGGCCCGCGACUCUGCUGGGUAAGAAUUGCAGGUGGCAUGGUCAUGAACUCCAAAUAUUAUAGUUUAGGCGGUUUACAGAAUUGGUAGGUCAUUCGCGUUUUUCACUCUGCCGCGUAAGAAGCUAAGGUGUUCUGUACAUUAUUACCAGAGAAAUGGCUCGACUAUGGUUAAUAGCUAGAUUCAGUAUUUUAAGGGGGGAUACCAGAGGAAUUUUCGUUUUAUAAAGUAUCUUAACAUUAUGUUCUAGGGAUCUUAUCAUUAAAGUUUGUGAGGACAGUUUCCCAAUUAUUUUGAUUAAUGACUUGGAUCUUACUUUUAAGCCUGAUUGCAACUGAUAUGACCAUAGGUCAUUAGCAGCAGAUAUUUACUUGUCCCCAUCGCUUCAUGCGCUCAAUGAGUGAAAUCGGAGACUCACUGGAACAUAGGUUUUCCAUGGAUAUGCGUGUGCGUGUAUGUGUGUGUGUGUGUGUAACGAAGCGUAGGUAGCGGUUAGUGUAUGGCUUUACUGUCGAAACGUAGAAUUUCUUCGUUUUCUAAAAAUUAUCCUACAACAACUCAAUCGUUUACAUUUUUCUACUUAUUUAUCUAUGUUAUUUAUUUAUUUGCUAUCCUUAUGUGAUGUCUUUUCUUUUUCAGACUGGAAAGUGACUGGCGAUGUGUGACAAUUCUCGUUGGCAUGAGUAAGGAGAUUAAACACUUUUCCUUUUCAAGAACCGAAAUGAUAGUCUGACUAGAUUAAUAAUUCAUGUUGCGUCGCAGUAAUAGUUAGUACAUCAGUUAGAAAUCUGCUACUGAGACAGGUGAAUUCGGUUACCUGUUGACUUUCAUCAAAAAGAAAAAGUAAAAGUCAGAACUGGCUUGUAAAUCAGUAAAUAUGGGAUUGGUGUAAUAUUUGAAGGCUUGAAAAGGUUUCCUUUUCGUGGGGUCUACCGAUGUAAUUGCCAUUUAGAUUGUUGGUGCACCAAUGACGUCCUACUAUCUCACUGAGAAUGGAAAGAAAACAAAUGACAUUUUGAGCCGCUUUCCCACAGGAGUCGGCUUAUAGGCAGAGUAGCAGUAUUAUGCAAAAGUGAUAAGGAACUACCGCAUGAAGGAUUAUGUCAUUGGUAUUUCUAAGCACAAAUAGAGGUUCAACAAUUAAUGAUCAACAACCAUUUCCAGGCAGUACUCCGCGAGUCACUUUAGCAAGUCGCAUACCCAUAACACCCGUGAGCAGAUAUGGAUCAGGUUAUUCCAACUGGAGCGUUCAGUUUGACCGAUUGGUAGGGACAACAAAUUUGUAAACUUCGUGCUAUUUGCUAUUAUUUUAGAGUAUCAAGACACAGUUAUCAAAAGCAUUUGAGGUCAAGCUCUUUUUCCAAUGAAACCUUUUUGGGUGCUUAUUUAUUUGUCACUUUCAUCUGAUUGAGUUUGGUCACAUUUGGCCAUAUUUUCGCGCAUCUUUGGAGAACAUUUCACAUUAUGUUUUAUGCUCUUAGCAAAUUCAUAACCCACAAUAUUAGCCUUGCUUUUUUAUAUAAUUUUUUUUACGUAUGAUUCAUUAGCGAGGAGAAAAACUGUCCAGGUUGUCAUUGGCUUUAUUAUGACUUUUUGAGAUAUUUUAAACAAAGGGAGCUUGUCGUGUCCUCUCCCGCGUUUUUCGUAGAGUCUAAGUUUUUUUCUAUUUGGGGCUCCCCGCAUGGCAAGGUGGUUGGCUUCCUGCGGAAAUUAAAAUCGGUGGUUAACAACUAUUGUCCUCGAAAUCGCAGUUGUUUUCUGUGCGAUAGCAUAGAUAUAUAUGUUAUUUGCCGGCUGGGAGGUCCGUAUGGUGAAAAACUGUGACCGAGGUCUUGAAAAUGCUGCCCGAGGCCGUAGGCCGAGGGCAGCAUUUUCAAGGCCGAGGUCACAGUUUUUCACCAUACGGACCGACCCUUAGCCGGUAAAUAACAUAUAUUUUUUUUUUAAACUUAACGAAAUACAUUCUGAAAGAACCCGAAUGAUUUAGGGCUAUAAAUACGGCAAGAUCUUCCAUAAACUGAACAAUUUUUGAGCGAGUAAAUGGUAGUUAAAGUAAAGGUGAUACAAAUUAAAGAGAGAUGCUUCACUGAAACAUUUUCACUUGCAUAAUGAUAAAGGUGAUUUAAAAGGCUUCCAAACAAAGUUUGAAACAUUAUUUUUACAAGUAUCUGUCACAAUCUGACACCUGUCAAUUAGCGAGCGCGUAAGAAAAAAAAAGCGCAAGAAGAUUUGAAAAACAACGGAGCUAGUUUGGCAAGGACUGUCGCGACAAUGUUUUCUUCAAAAACAAUCAAUGAUAGAACGGAAAGUAUUAUUCACUCUCAUCGACGAUUUAUUCAUGUACGAAGAUUUACCUCUGUUCAUUAAGUAAACGGCCCGGAAAGUAAUUGUGAGUAAAUUCAAAUUUUUAUUUUGAAGUUGUGAGAGUUUGCUCGUUUGUUUGCUGCAACGGCGUAUGCAAAUCUGGUCUUUCCUCCACAAAAACUAAAUUCGAACGGCACACUCCAACGAGACACAAGGGGAUUUAAUGCAGUUUCUGUUGUGCAAUUUAUGGUCCAAAUGUCAAAUUGAACGGACUUUGAAAGACUCACCGAGAGCGUAUAUUUAUUGUCGAACAGAAAUUAAAACUUCCCGCUGUUUCACUACGAACAAAUUGUUUGAGAAAAUUCAGACACUAAAUGAAUGAAAGUUCCAUUGUUCAGUUUACCUGUAACCAAAUACCUCACGGUUUAACUUUCUAGGUACUUUUUGUGAAUGAUUAAAAUUAAUUGCAGACGGUUUUUAGGCCGCUUGUCAACCAACGUAAUGACACUAUUGCCAAUACAAAUUCAUUCUGAAACCAAUAUUUUUUUGUCAACUAAAGUGAUUUGAGAGAGAGAAAAGAGAGGAUUCAUAAGUCGGGUUGAGGUAGUGACCGAUGUGUUUGCUUAAAAAUAUUGCCCAGCGGGCAAAACGAGGUAUAUUUAUGAAAAAUGGCGACGAAAGUUGAGAUGUACUCGGCGACUCGCGAAAGCGUUACCGUGGCCAGAGAUAGGAAAAUACUGACCGGGUAAAGAACCAAUCAGAUUGCAGGAUUCGUUACCGUGCCCUCUAAAAAAAAAAAAAAUUGAAUAAUAAUGUCAGGUGUAGCUUGUGAAUCAAGAUGGGUGUCAAUUACACUCAAAUAUAGAGGAAAAGCGACGAAGUUUUCGUCUGAUUUAUCUUAACUGUUGGGUACCACCGACAAGGGAUAGUUUCUUUUGCUGGUACUCAUCAGAUCUCAUGUUCUCACAUUAAAUUUCGACAUUACUUAUUACAUGAAGUCAUUGAACAUACACAGCAAAGUAUGAAAUCUGUUUAUAUGUACGGCUCCUCAGAUAAAGGAAGCUGUGAUGGUUCAUAUGUAAGAUCUCACACCUCCAAGGGCUCUGCCCCCGAUUAUUACCGUAUUAGUGGUUUCAUUUGUGAGUGAAUUUAGUGGUUGGUUCUCGUCCUUCUUCUGUUGUUUUUUUGCAAGAUUAUCCAGUUUUUCUCGUGGCAAAGUAUCCAAAAUUUCCUUGCAGAGUCCUAGAAACGGCGAUGCGACACCCUACGGAAAUUCCAACACUAUUCAAUUCGAUUUUUUUCAAAAUCCAUAAUGUCCAAAUAAACGACACAGCAAAAAAUACAUUGAUGCACUCCCCAUUGUGUUUGAUAAUAAAUCUGUUUUAUGAUGAGAAUGCUUUUCAUUUCCUGCAGAUAAAGAAACCUCGAACAUCGUCUUACAUAAGACUCGUCUUGCUGCCCAGUGGACAAACUGUCUACAAAGUGGACGCACUCUCUCAAAACGUGACAAUUGGUAGUAAUUCAACCACACUGCAUUUUGCGAUUCCGCAUCCUGUGUUGAGCAUGGAUGGAUUAUAUGCAAUCCUGAUAGAUAAAGGAGUAGUUGUUGGACAGGGCUGUGCCUCUGGCGGUACACCCACACCCGGAAUAUCAUCCUCGAAUGCCUGGAGAUUCUACGUAGAUGGCGUUUGUUCUUCUGGAUAUUCUCUUCGCUCACCUGACUUCCAAAGCUGUGUUGGUACGCAAAAAUUUUAGAUUUUCAGAAUUCCUGAAAACAGAACCUUAAAUGAAAUGGCGCACUCAACAAUCUAUUUAGAAAAUCUUCAUCAAAGAGGUUUUGAGGAUUUGAUUUAAUUUUAUCAUAUGGCUGUGUUGGCGCCUCGGCCUUUAUGUCCUUCCCACGACACUUAACGUGGAGUGUGGAACUAGCUUCUGGAAGAUUCUGAGCACACAUUUCCCCAAAAUAAUUCCCAUCUAUUCGUCUUUCUUUCUUUUCAUCCGUCCUCAAACUGUCGGUCCGUCCCUCCACUCGUACACCUUGGUCCUCUAGUCAUUCAUGCAUUCACCCAUCUUUUUCCCGUCGUGUGAUUGGUCUAUAACACCUAUGCACCCGUCCUCUUCGUUUGCACGAAUCUUUCAGAAUGCGGCAUUAAGUAAUGGUUUCCUUUUUUUCGCCUUUAAGAUGUAGAUGAAUGUGCCUACUCUGGUUCCAGAGGUGAGUGUCUGCAUCUUCAGGUUACUAUAACAGCAAUAACGACAGACACACUGUCGUAAAAGGCUGGAAAAAUUGUUUAACGUUAUUGUCGCAAUUUGCUUAUGAUUACCGAUCUGCUAGAAUUUUCUUGUUCUGUACAUUGGAACGCUUCAGGUCCGUCAAAUAUUUUUCCGGAGUUCACGUUACCCGCAGGUUGUGAUCAGGACUGUGACAACACUCCCGGAAAUUACAGCUGUUCCUGUCAAAGGGGAUUUCAGCUGCAGUCGAACGGGAAGUCUUGUACAGGUGAGAAACAUGAGAAAUAUUGACUAAUAAUCAUAAUCGGCUAGAGUCUGUUACUCGUAUUCAUAUCGCUCUCUCCACAAACAAAAACGACGAUCCAAUAAGUACCAGUCUUUUAGAGUAACACUUAUUUUGAUCACUCUCGUAGAAGAAGAUUAGUGGAACUGUUUUGGAAACAGCAAAUAAUGUACACACCUAAUUUUAGCUAAUGAUUAAAAUGGCAAACAACUCGGACGCUUAGUUACCAUGCAGUGUUAUCAAACUGAAAGAUGGAGUGGGCUUUUUUUUUUUUAGAUAUCAACGAAUGUACCAUCAAUAAUGGUGGCUGCAGUCAUCAGUGCUUCAACAUACCUGGAACAUUUUACUGCGGAUGUACUGAAGGAUUAAUGAUGGGGAGAAACAAUUUGACCUGUGUUGGUGAGUAAUAGCUAGUGUGACCCGAAAUGUGUAAAAAAUAUUCGGCGGUCAGAUGUUCCACCAGCCAAAGUAGGGUGAGCACGUUACCUAGGAUUACAAAUUUCGAAAGUGUCUUAUUUGGAAGUAACUUGGAUGGCAAAUUUUGAGUACGAUUAUGAAAAAAAAAACAUGUCAGACAUCCGUGACGAGUUUUUAACUGUUCAGGUAUUUAUUUCUUCUGUCCGCUACAGCAAACCUCUAAACAAAAUUUUGAAAUUAUCCUCAAGUUUGUAAACCUGCUCUCACAUUUUAGACCAAGCUGCAAGGGUUACGUGUGGGGAGAACAGUAUGAUGGUCUCUCUUGGAAAGGAAAGAUUCCACUACUUUACAGUCAAUCAACUACGCUUGCGUUAUGCCUCAUGCAAAGCCACCGAGAAUUCCACCCACUUCUUGAUCAGCACCUCUUUAGAUAGUUGUGGGACGCAGCGAAACGAAACCGAAGACUACUUAAUCUUUUGGAAUGAGGUCCUGGCCGACGCCCUGAUAAUCGAUGGUGUGGUUACUCGUUCACAUAAUAUAAAACUGCCAUUUUACUGCCGAUACUCCAGGAAGAAGUUUACGAGUCUGGCCUUCACACCUCAGAGGAUUUACUUCGGGAAUGAAAGUAACUUAACUUCAUAGAUAACUUUAUUUAAGCGAGGAUGUGAUUAACACCACAGAACUGACGUUAUUAACUUUAGAAGGGACCCCGAGUCGGGAAUCGUGACCUCUGAAGAAACUUUUGCUGUAGGAUUAACUACAAUCUUCUGCUUAGGGAAGUGACUAAGGUUGUUACCUGAAAAAGAGAUUUUCUUCGACAUUUGCCAUGAAAUGCCCUGUAUGAACCAAAUACUACCUUGUUUGAAUUAAAUCCUAGGAAAGUUUCCUUACGGGUACCUUUUCAGCUGUUUAUAACGAUAAAAAUAAGGAAGUAGCUGAGGUAAUCUUUUUUCUAAUCUUCACUAUUAAGCGGGAUAUGGUUCGUUCACCUUCAACUUGGACUUCUACGGGAAUUCGUCAUUUGCCACGCCCUUCACGGAGCAAGACUACCCUCUAUCACUGGCUCUGAAUGAAUUUGUUUAUUUACAGUACAGUGUGGCGUCCACAGCUGACCUAGUCAUCAUGGCUGAGAACUGUAAGGCGACUAAAGACGCAAGCUUCUAUUCGUGGCCGCAAUACACCUUCCUAAAAAAUGGGUAAGCAUAUAAUAUACCGUGAUCAAGCAGAACCAGCUGCGAGUUAAGCCUUCAAAGCUUGAUACGAUUUUCGCAACAUAAUAUAUAUGGAUGUGAUUAAGGGAACCUAUAUAAUAAAACCAGUGAAUAACAACGCUGGAGGCGUUGGGGGUGCACCGAUAUUUUUAUUUUUAAUCGCUUUAUGGUCCUUAGCCGUUAUAUGGUCUUGUUGCUAAGCCAAUCUUAGGUCUUCAAGUGUCCAUAUUGAGGCUCUACUAUCUACAAUGUUAUUAAUUUCAUUUUCGUAUUGUUGUCGUUUCAACGAAAAGAUGCCCCACAGAUUCAACGCUUGAAUACAAUUAUAAUCCAACACGACACUACCAACAGUUUAAAAUGAGAACGCACAGAUUUUGGAACGACUACGAUAUAGUGUACUUCCAUUGUGAGCUACUGGCCUGUCAUCGUAAUUCUCCGGAUUCCAGGUUGGUCUCAAAUUAUUCACUUACAUUGCAAACAAGCGAAGUCAGAAUGAAUUACCCUAGCUGGAUGUUGGAGAGUUUUUGAUCCUUCUAGGUGUGACUACAAAAUGUCUCAGCCGAUUUGCCUUCUUCUUGUUUGGUUGUUAUCAAAUCCGUGAAAUGUUUCCCGAAACAAUAUCGCAUCUGGCCUGCGUGAUGUGAUUGAUGAAUUCGGUGAAUGAUAAAGUUUUAUUCUCGUUAUCGAUAUAAAUACAUAAUUUUGCGUGCAAACCAAGCGAACUAUUCUGUCGGAGCUUAUCCAACCCCAUCCCCCUACCUAGAAUAUUGCUAUCCUUCCAGCGCGGAGCACUGGUCCAUCGUAAAAGGUUGCGUCAGUGCUCUUUGUUAAAUCUCCCUCACAUUUCUUUACUAUUAACUUAUACUCCUAGCUCGAGACAGGCAAUUUAAGAGGAAAGUGGCUUGCUCAUGUUAAUAAACAACACGGUAGCCUUGAAAGGGCAAGCACAUGGACCUUUCGUUCACGAUCACGGUUCAUUUACCAUUUCAGGCCAUCUUGAUUAGUUGUAUUUUCUUAGGCUUGAAACACGAGAAAGAGGAAAUAAAGACAAAGUUAAGGCAAGAUUAAGGUGGCUCACUGGUCCACUGGUUCACUGGUAGAAACUGUCAAAAUGUGGUCAUUCAGAAAUACAUUGCUGAUUGAUUUGCAUUUUAUUCCACGUGCUAGUCAUUCGUAAUUCAAACUCUAAUGAACGCUUUUGCAGGUGCAGUAAGGGCUGUAUAAAGAACAAGAGAAAGAGAAGAGAAGUGACAAGAGAUGGUGGAGACCAAGAGGAAAGUACAAACAAAAUCAUUCUUACAGGUGGACCUGUAGUGUUCGAGGCGGCAAAAGAAGACGAGCCACUCGAUCAUCGUAGGUUUCCGAAAAAAAACUCGUUAAUACAGUGUUUUUAUCUGUUUGUUACGUUACGAUCCUUUAAUUGAAUCAGGUCUAAAAAGCUCAAGGCUGCAUUAGUGUGACCGCGUCUUUCACAGGAUCCUACUACUAUUUGUAAGGGAAGAAUGACACCUUCUUAAGUGCAUGUAUUGAUCUAUAGCAAAGAUGAGGAUUUAACUCCAAUGUCUAACACCCAUGCAUUAAAACCACAAACAAGCAUACUUUGAAACCCCGCCGCCCUCCCUCCUUAAUGAGAAAAAACUCUGUUGUCUUUACCCUCCUGACUGGUUCUUUGCAAAAGGAUGCGCCUGUUUCAUCAAGCAUUUCUCGAAUCUGAUUGACUGUUAGGAAAGUGAAUCGCAAAGCAAGAUCCAGAACUUAAUUCCCUAGGAGGCCUUGACCCUCGUCGCUGACUGAAACGAUCACGACUCAGAGGUUGGAACAUGAUUUUGUUCACCAGGGGAAUAAAAUGUUUUCUUGUCUGUUGUUUUAUAGAGCCAAGUCAAAGUAAACAAAGAGCUCUGAUCGGUGGUGUGGCAGGUGCUGGAGGAUUUGGUCUGGUCGCAAUUGUAGCUCUGGUUGUUUUGUUAGUCAAGUUCCGUAGGAUGCAACGGUUACAAAACAGCAAGAAUGACGAGAGAGCUGGAUAC